CAGCAAAGCAAUGAUUCAUCAUCACGACACAAGCCUUGCUUUCUUCUUCACUUCAAACUUGCCAAUCUCGAAGAUGGCAAUAGAAUUGGCAUCUCCCAAUUGGGUUCCAACCGCAGCCGCAUGUUUGGCAGCCUUGGCCGCCCUCCUCCUCUUCCUCCUCCGCGGUCUCCGCCGCCGUAAAUACAAUCUCCCCCCAGGCCCCAAGCCCUGGCCCAUCAUAGGCAACCUAAACUUAAUCGGCUCCCUCCCACACCAGUCGAUUCACGCGCUGAGUAAAACAUACGGGCCCAUCAUGCACGUGUGGUUCGGGUCGAACCCCGUCGUGGUGGGCUCAUCCGUGGACAUGGCGAAGGCCAUCCUCAAAACCCACGAUGCCACCCUCGCCGGCAGGCCCAAAUUCGCGGCGGGCAAAUACACAACCUACAACUACUCGGACAUCACUUGGUCCCAGUACGGCCCAUACUGGCGCCAGGCCCGUAGAAUGUGCCUGAUGGAAUUAUUCAGUGCUAAACGCUUAGAAGAAUACGAAUACAUUAGAAAACAAGAGCUUCGUGGCCUUCUUAACGAACUCUUCAAUUCCGCAAACAAAACAAUUUUACUAAAAGACCACCUUUCCAACCUUAGCCUCAACGUUAUAAGCCGCAUGGUGUUGGGAAAAAAGUACCUUGAGGAAUCCGAAAACGCCGUCGUUUCGCCCGAUGAUUUCAAGAAGAUGCUUGAUGAGUUGUUUUUGCUUAAUGGGGUGUAUAACAUCGGGGACUUUAUUCCUUGGAUUGAUUUCUUGGACCUGCAGGGUUACAUAAAGAGGAUGAAGGCUUUGAGCAAGAAGUUUGAUAUGUUCAUGGAGCACGUCUUGGAUGAACAUAUUGAGAGGAAGAAAGGGGUUGAGGAUUACGUGGCGAAGGACAUGGUUGAUGUUCUUUUGCAACUUGCCGAGGAUCCUACUCUUGAGGUCAAGCUUGAGAGGCAUGGAGUCAAGGCUUUUACACAGGAUCUAAUAGCAGGUGGGACUGAGAGUUCAGCAGUAACAGUGGAAUGGGCAAUCACAGAGCUAUUGAGAAGGCCAGAGAUUUUCAAGAAGGCAACAGAGGAGCUAGACAGGGUAAUAGGUAGAGAAAGAUGGGUUGAAGAGAAGGACAUUGUAAAUUUGCCUUAUGUGAAUGCCAUUGCAAAGGAAGCAAUGAGGCUGCACCCUGUGGCACCAAUGUUGGUGCCAAGACUAGCCAGAGAGGAUUGCCAAGUUGGAGGGUAUGACAUCCCCAAAGGGACACAAGUGCUUGUGAAUGUGUGGACUAUUGGGAGAGACCCUUCAAUUUGGGACAACCCUACAGAGUUCCAACCAGAGAGGUUUCUUAAUAAGGAGAUUGAUGUUAAAGGGCAUGACUAUGAGCUAUUGCCAUUUGGUGCUGGGAGAAGGAUGUGCCCUGGCUACCCUCUUGGCCUUAAGGUCAUUCAAGCAAGUUUGGCCAAUUUGUUGCAUGGAUUUAACUGGAGACUGCCUGAUAAUGUCAAGAAUGAGGAUUUGAAUAUGGAUGAGAUUUUUGGGCUCUCUACACCUAAGAAAAUACCACUGGAAACUGUUGUUGAGCCUAGGCUUCCACACCAUCUUUAUUCUCUCUGAGCAGUGCCCUUGCACAAAGGGUUUCUCUCUAAUAAGAUUGCUGUAGGAAUAAAAUGGGUCUUGUGUGAGCUUAUGUUUGUCACACUGGAUUGCAAUGAAUUUUUCUUUCUUCUCAUAACAAUGUUAUAAAAAAUAAAAUAAAAAUGAUGUUGUGGUGUUAGAAUAGAGAUUGUGGUAACCAAUGUAAUAGCAAAUGUGUUAGUGAAAGUUUGUAGCCAUUUUCUCUCUCACACAAAUAGGCAUCUCUCUCUCUCUCUCAUCAAGAUAUCCUUUGGGUUACUAAUCACAUGUCUAGGACUAAACACUUAAAGCAUAUUGUUCCUUUUCAAAUAUGUGUUCUGUGAAAAUGAAAUCUAAAUUCUCUCCA